AUGGCUGACGAUGAGUGCGCCAACCCCUUGCUCCUGAGCUGGGUCAAGGAGUGGCUGGACACGGCCCGGGAGCGCAACUCCAAGGGCGUGACGACCUACAACCAGGCAUACAAAUCGCUGAAGGCAUGCCCCAUAGCCUUCACUCACCCUUCGGAGCUGAAGCAGCUCAGGGGCUUCGGCCCCAAGCUCUGCGAUCGGCUGACCGACUUGCUCAAGAAGCACUGCGCUGAAAAUGGCCUGCCCAUGCCGGAGCAUCCCGGCCUGUCCAAAAAGACGGGCACCGGUGGUGAUGCACAGUCUGGCGAAGCGGCCGGCGGUGCGAAGACCACCAAAAAGGCCAAGCCAGCCAAGGCGUAUGUGCCGACCUACCGCUCUGGAGCCUACGCCCUUGUCCUGGCACUGUCUACGAUGGAUCCGGAGGCUCCCAUGGGCAUGACCAAGGCAGAGCUCAUCGAGACUGCCCAGCCGCACUGUGAUGCUUCUUUCAGUGCACCGUCUGACCCGACCAAGUUCUACACUGCCUGGAAUUCCAUGAAGACGCUUGUGCAAAAGGAGCUCGUGUAUGAAAGAGGCAGGCCCUUGAAACGAUACGCCCUCACAGACGAAGGCUGGGAUGUUGCCGGAAGGAUCAGGCAAAUCACCGAGGCACGCGAUCCGCAGAGCCUACCAGCACAUUCUGCCUCGAGAAGUGUUGCUGCCGCUCCUGCACCAACUGCCGUGCGGGCCGAGAGCCUGGCUCUGGAGUUCGAACCACCUCCGCCUAGCCAACAGAACAUCUACGAAGAUGUCGUUGCGAACGAGGGACACAUUGCUUCCGAUGGGUCCUUGCCUAGCUUUGCCCCUAUACGGCUGCCACCCGGCUCCUUCACAGUGCAUCUCGUGCUGGACGUACGAGAGGUGCGGGCCAAGACGGACAGAGACUACAUGCAGGAGGAGCUCGCUAAGAAAGGGGUCAAGCCGAUCAUGAGGAGUCUGGAACUGGGUGACGUUCUGUGGGUAGCCAAGUGCAAUGACCCGGGUUUGCUGGCUCGCUCGGGUGCCGAGGGCGACGAGGUGGUGCUGGACUGGAUUGCUGAGCGGAAACGCCUGGAUGACUUGAUCGGCAGCAUCAAGGAUGGGAGAUUCCACGAACAAAAGUUCCGGUUGCGCCGGUCUGGAGUCAGGAACGUCAUAUAUCUGAUCGAAGAGAUUCACAUGGACUCGAAUCAGUACCUCAAGUAUGAAGAAGCAGUCCAAUCGGCCAUCGCCUCAACGCAGGUGGUCAAUGGCUUCUUCAUAAAGAGGACCCAGAAGAUGGACGACACGAUUCGCUACCUGGCAAGGAUGACUUCGCUGCUGAAGAAGCAGUAUGAGAGCAAACCUCUGCAUGUCAUCCCUACCAAGGUCAUCUCGGCGCAGAACUACCUACCGCUAUUGAAUCACCUGCGAGACAAGGAGCCUACGACAAGCUACCACGUCAGCUACCCGGCCUUCGCAUCGCUCGUGUCCAAGACGGACAUGAUGACCCUGCGCGACCUGUACCUCAAGAUGCUCAUGUGCACAAAGGGCGUCACGGGAGAGAAGGCGCUCGAGAUACAGAAGCGGUGGAAGACGCCUUAUGACUUUGUCAAGGCGUUUGAGGCGUGCGGGUCCGACGAGCUGGGCAGGAAGCGGAAGAGGGAGCUGGUCUCCAACAAGAUGAAUCAUCUCAUCGGCAGGAAGAAGGUCGCAAAGGCGCUCAGCCAGAAGAUUGCCGAGGUUUGGGGCGAUGCAUAA